CCUCCCCCUUCGCGCCGCUGCUGCCGCGAUGCCCCCCCCUGCGCCCGGGGCCCGGCUCCGGCUUCUCGCCGCCGCCGCCCUGGCCGGCCUGGCCGUCAUCAGUCGAGGGCUGCUGUCCCAGAGCCUGGAGUUCAGCUCCCCUGCGGACAACUACACAGUGUGCGAAGGUGACAACGCCACGCUAAGCUGCUUCAUCGACGAGCAUGUGACCCGAGUGGCCUGGCUGAACCGCUCCAACAUCCUGUACGCGGGCAACGACCGCUGGACCAGUGACCCGAGAGUGCGCCUGCUCACCAACACGCCCGAGGAGUUCUCCAUCCUCAUCACCCAGGUGGGGCUGGGCGACGAGGGCCUCUACACCUGCUCCUUCCAGACGCGCCGCCAGCCGUACACCACUCAGGUCUACCUCAUCGUCCACGUCCCCGCCCGCAUCGUGAAUAUCUCUUCGCCUGUGACCGUGAACGAGGGGAGCAACGUGAACCUGCUCUGCCUGGCCGUGGGGCGGCCGGAGCCCACGGUCACCUGGAGGCAGCUCCGAGAUGGCUUCACCUCGGAAGGUGAGAUCCUUGAGAUUUAUGACAUCCAGCGGGGCCAGGCCGGGGAAUACGAGUGCGUGACUCACAACGGGGUUAACUCUGCACCUGACAGCCGCCGCGUGCUGGUCACAGUCAACUAUCCUCCGACCAUCACGGACGUGACCAGCGCCCGCACAGCCGUGGGCCGGGCCGCCCUCCUGCGCUGCGAAGCUAUGGCCGUGCCCCCUGCGGAUUUCCAGUGGUACAAGGAUGACAGACUGCUGAGCAGUGGCACGGCCGAGGGCCUGAAGGUGCAGACGGAGCGCACCCGCUCGAUGCUUCUCUUCGCCAACGUGAGCGCCCGGCAUUACGGCAACUACACGUGUCGCGCAGCCAACCGGCUGGGAAUGUCCAGCGCCUCCAUGCGGCUCCUGCGCCCAGGAUCCCUGGAGAACUCGGCCCCAAGGCCCCCAGGGCCUCUGACCCUCCUCUCCGCCCUGGGCUGGCUGUGGUGGAGGAUGUAGGAAGAACCCAGUGCCCUGGAGUCCCCCCGCGGGCGGUCUGAGGCCGAGAGCAAGAGGAGAAGGGGGAACAAGCGCCGCGGGUCUCGAGGGGGCAGAGGAGCUCUAAGAGGAAAAGGAAGAGAAGGAGGAAAGAUCUUUACAGAACCCAUCACUGUGAGGGAUAACGCAAAAUUAUGCAUCUUUCUACAGCCAUUCUCGCCACUGUUCACCUUUCCGAUUGUGACCCAUCCCCGGCCACCCCACACCCGUCUCUUAGCUCAGGCUGUCAACUGGAUCGCGU